ACUGUCAACGAGUCCAUUGAAAGAAGGCAGAUGACAUCCUCACCAACCACAACACUACAGCGUUACAGUCACAGAGGAACGGUAGAGGGAUUCUUUACCUACACGUCAACAUGAACACCGAGCAUGUCGUUAUCGUCUCUGCAGCAAGGACCCCCAUUGGGUCUUUUAAUGGUGCCCUGUCCUCGAUGCUGCUGCAGGACCUGUGUUCCGUGGUGAUAAAGGACGUGCUGAGGCGGGCCAGCGUGAAGCCAGAGGACGUGUCCGAGGUCAUUAUGGGACAUGUACUGACAGCAGGUCAUGGGCAGAACCCUGCCCGCCAGGCCAGUGUUGGGGCAGGUAUCCCUUACCUGGUCCCAGCCUGGAGCUGUCAGAUGGUUUGUGGCUCUGGGCUGAAGGCCGUGUGUCUGGGGGCCCAAUCCAUCCAGACGGGAGAGUCCACUGUGGUCGUGGCAGGGGGGAUGGAAAGCAUGAGCCGGGCUCCCCACACCGUACAGAUGCGUGUGGGCGUAAAGAUGGGAGACGCCUCCAUGCAGGACUCCAUGGUGGCUGAUGGCCUGACGGAUGCCUUCCAUGGGUACCACAUGGGCAUCACAGCUGAGAACGUGGCCAAGCAGUGGAGUGUGAGUCGUCAGGAGCAGGACCAGUUUGCCGUUCAGUCCCAGAACAAGACAGAGGCCGCCCAGAAGGCUGGACACUUUAACCAGGAGAUCGUACCGGUCAUGCUGCCUUCCAGAAAAGGACCUGUGGAGGUGAAAGUGGACGAGUUUCCUCGUCACGGGAGCAACAUGGACGCCAUGUCCAAACUCAGGCCCUGCUUCGUGAAGGACAGCAGUGGCACCGUCACUCCCGGAAACGCUUCUGGUAUAAAUGAUGGAGCUGCAGCAACUGUUCUCAUGAGCCAAUCAGAGGCUGAGAGGAGGGGCCUGAAACCCAUGGCCAGGAUUGCGUCCUGGUCUCAGGCCGGCCUUGACCCCUCAAUAAUGGGAACUGGGCCAAUCCCAGCCAUCAGGAAAGCGGUUGAGAAGGCAGGGUGGCAACUGGAUCAAGUUGACUUGUUUGAGAUCAACGAAGCCUUUGCUGCCCAAUCCAUCGCUGUUGUGAAAGAGCUUGGCCUUAACCCUGAUAAAGUGAAUGUGAGCGGGGGGGCCAUCUCCCUGGGACACCCCAUCGGCAUGUCAGGCUGCCGGGUGCUGGUGACCCUACUGCACGCGCUCCAGAGGACAGGAGGUCAAAGGGGCGUGGCUUCUCUGUGUAUCGGAGGAGGGAUGGGCAUCGCCAUGUGUGUGGAGAGGAUGUAGCUAACAGGAUGCUGCUAUGGCUGACCUACACCUGGGCUGGCUGCAUUCAAGAUCACAACAUUGGCAUCAGGACAGGCAUUGGUACUAAAGGGAUUCUAAGAUGCAUUUAUAGCUAAUUGUACAACAACUUGCAUUAAUGGCUCUACAAUUGUGUUUGUUGGGCUAUUGUGUAAUGGUUCUAAAGGGGAUAUUUUUACGUUUUGAGUGGCUCUUUAUAGAAAGAUGUUGUGAAGUAGGAUGGAUGCAACAGUCCAAGUUGAAGUCACUACUUGAAUCAAAAUUGCUGUUGAAAUGUUGUGAUUCUUGACUGCUGUGAUGAGACCUUGAUUUGUCAACCCCAUAUUGAUAAUGCACUUUGAACUUGCUACUUUAUACCUUCCUAUGUAGUUUGAUGGUGAACCCCACACUAGUGUGUGUGACUCCUGGUCUCAUCAUGCCUGUGACUUACAUGACCUUAGGCUGAACCCAGCUCACACGGUAAUGCUCCAUCUACUGCCCUCUGUCUUAUCAAGCAACUAACUCUAUUGACCAUCUAUGACAUCAGUGCCAAAACUACUGUAGAGUGAACCCUGCCUCUCUGGAGACUAGAAACCAUUGAAACCAGCUUCCAAACAUUCCUGUCCUCUAUGCUUCCUGUUUCUCUUUGCUCGGCCGGGCUCUCCAACCCUUUACCUGGAGAGACUAGGUUUACACUGACCCCAGUUGUAGCUAACUACAUUCAUCUUACUUAGUUGCUAGAAUCAGGUUUGCUACAUUAAGGCUGGAGUAAGACAACCUAGUAAGACAACCUAGUCAUCAGCUCUCCAGGUACAUUGUAGAUGUUGGAGAGACAUGGCCUUAUAGGGGACUCUAUAACCAUGUACCCCUGCUAUGAACUGGGUAGUCUUAAUAUGUACUAAAGUGCCAUACCAAGGCUACAUGAGCCAGCUACACCUUCAGUGCUUCCUAUAGUUUGCCUGCAUAGAGGUGAAUGUAUGUUGAAUAAAAACUAUCAGCUUAAAA